AUGAAAACCCAUAAUCUCCAUGAUGGCCUCCUUCAAAGUGCACUUAUUGUAAUUCAAUUCUUCGUUGUUGUCGGAACUGUGCUUGACAAAGCGCCUAUCAAUGCUGAUCCAUGGGACGUAGACGGCCCUUGUCAGGAGUAUGUUGAGAAGUUAGCUGUUGUUCAAGCAAGGAUGGUGCAAUGUGCCACUAACUGGUCGAUUCCGCCAAAGGUGUGCACCAAUUGCUGGGAACAUUAUAUAGCAUUUAAACAAUUCGAAUACGAAACGAAACAUUUGAAUAAUAUUUCUUCGCUCGAUAACCGGACAUGCACUCAAGUGAUAUAUGAUAAUUACCUCUUGUCUUAUAGUAACGAUAUAUCGCUCGCUUUGAGUUCGAAUAUUUGGGGUCAAUCCAGAUGUGAUUCUUGCUUAACGAUCACGUGGAAUUUUACCGCAAACGACUCGAGGGUGGAAUUCGCCAAUCAGACUGUGCUUUUCCAAGAAAAGUUAUUUAUAUGGCGAGAUUGCGUAGCAAAUUAUACGGAGUACAAUGACGAUUUGUUCCAAAAUGGAACCAUUUGCGGAUAUUGUAAAAAGCAGUUCAACGAUUUGUUUUCCUAUUAUUGGGACAUCUAUGUCAAACCUGGAAUUGAUUUCUGCGUGGACGUUGAAACUACGAUGAAUGAUACGAUACAUUUGUGGAAUGAUGUGUGGUACUGCUCUGAGAAGAAGGACCGUAACAGGGACACCGCCAUGGUUUUUGUAACUAUGGGAGUGUUGCUAGUCAUCACUUGUUUGUUCUACGCGAGCAGUUAUAUACAAGGUGGUGGACAACCGAGAAUCUUGAUUAGAUAUUCGCGCCUGGCUCCCGAGGAACAACGCUCCAGAUUGUUGUCUUCGUCGACAUCAGAUAAUAAUCUCUCUUUCAUGAAUUCACUCCCGCAUUCGUUCUAA